UUUCAUAAUUCAUAUCAUGUUCUGUGUGACUUCAGCAAACCGCUGGAGGACAAUCAAACCUCCACCAACUCUGGGACGUCCGUCAGCUCCUUAACCAAGAGAUUCGGUGGCAGUCAGGAGCUGCUCAACAAAAGCAGCAGCACGAACACUAAGAGCGGAGCCGUCUCCAUCUCAUCGCCCUCCAAACCUCCGCUCCCUGUCAAGAAUCCGGCGCUCAAGACUCCCAACAGCUCCAGCUUCACAGCGAGGGUGUUCUCCGGAGCAAACACCAGCAGCAAACCGUCAAGUCCUGUUAAACGAGUGUUUGGUGAGAAGCUUCCGGAGGUCACAGCGUCUCAGAAUACUGACGGAAUGGCUAAGAGCAGCAGCGCCGGAGCGGCUCCAUCGACUCCUCCGUCGUCUGUGACCGUCUCGUCGUCACCAGCUCCUGCAGCCACGUCCACCGGUGUGAAGAGUCCAGUGAUCCAGCCCGCCGUGAAGAGCCCAAGCAGGAGUGAAAGCGUGUCCGUCUCAUCGCUGGUGUCCACGUCCUCAACACCGUCGGCUCAAACCGUCAUCACAAACACCAAAACAUCCUCCUCGAUGCUGCAAGAGACUCCAAAACCUAGUGACAUCAGUUAUUCUUCAGCUCGCUCUCCGUCGUCUCCACCGGCUGUGACUCUGAACACACGCUACAGCUAUCAGACUCCCAGCGCUCCGCUGGACGAUCUUGCUGACACUUUAUUGCCGACCCGGUCUGGAAGCGUUCAGUCACAACCUGUCCGAUCACAGACACAAGUCACAACUGUUUAUUCAGAGAUUCCUGCUGCAUCACCGACUCUGCGCUCGCCUCUGCAGACACUGGAGUCCAGCAGGACGGUCAGCAGCCGGGAUGUUUGUACGGUCUGUGGGAAACCCAUCGCUGGAUCAGAGAGGAUGAUUCUGGAAGAUCUGAAGAUCAUCAGCCACGCGUCAUGCUUCAGGGUAAAACAUCAGUCGUGUCUGAAUGUGGAUCUGAUGCUCAGAGCUGAACUCUGAUGUGACGUGUGUGUCUGUGUGUGUGUGUGU